AUGGCUAUCAUUCACAUCGUCCUCUUCGGGUGGAAAUCUACUGCUACGCCAGAGCAAGUCGACAAUGCAUGCAAGCGUAUGCUAGCUCUUGGACAGAAGUGCCUCCAUCCCACAACCAACAAGCCCUACGUGAUAUCACUCGUGGGCGGAAAGAACAAUAGCCCCGAAGGCCAUGCUGGUGCCUCUACGCACGGCUUCGUAGUCGAGUUCGAAAAGGAGGAUGAUCGAGAGUACUACCUGAACAAGGAUCCGGAGCAUCUGGCGUUCGUGAAGUCUGUGCGGGAAAUUGUGGAGGAUAUCAGGGUAGUGGAUUUCGAGCCAGGGAAAUUCUAA